CAAGUUCAAACUGACUUACUGACAAUACUUGUCAUGUCACAAAUACAACGAAUAGGAAUAUAAAUAAAUCAUGUUUACAUAAAAUUGUGACUGCUUAAAUGUUUUUGUGUUAAAAUAAUUAUAAAAAAAUUGAAAUUUUUAAUGAUCUAAUUACGGUGUGAAGUUAUAAUGAAUAGCAAAAUACUGAAUACAAUUGCCAAUGCUAUAGACAAUAAAGAGGAGCUGAAAAAACGGAUUGAAAAUGGCAAAAUUAUUCAGCAAGAAUUGAACAACUGUGUACACAACUGCCAAAGCCGUUUUGGAGGGAAAUCAGAGUUAGCAACAGAAGAUGACAUAAGAAUAGCACAACUGUGCGAAAAAUGGGAGAAAUUGCUUAGCCAUGGCAUUAGGACUAAUUUGUCAAACUCUGCAAUUCAAAAUUUGGUUACAGCAGGUUUAAACUUCACUUUUAAUAUUGUUAAUGUUGGUAAUUCUUUAUGGAGCUAUACUUGCUUACACCUAACAAAACAUGAAAAAGAAAGAUUUAAGAUUCUUACGAAUAUUAAUACACCACUUGGGUACUUCAGGGCAUUUCUCAGAGCAGCUUUAAAUGAGAGAUCUCUGGACAGGUAUCUACAGAGCUGGGUGGCUCAUGGUUUGCUUAUGGAAUAUUAUGAAGAAGGUGCUUUAGUCAGAGAUGCAGAAACAUCACAGUUGCUUCCAAGCUUGGCAGCAGGCUUAUCAACUGUUCUGUUUGCGUUAUCAAUAGACAGACCAGAACUGAAUGAUUCACAGCAGGCUAAUCAUACAAAUAAAGCUGAACAUGUGAUACCUUUGCCAGUACCUGUAAAGUCAUCCAGCAACUUAAAACGAAAACCAUUACGCCAAGUUAUAUCUUUCGACACUAACGAAAAGAAAACCCUUGCAGCUAGUAAAACUAAAGCUUCAGUACCCCCGGAACAAGCGGGUAAUGCAACAUGGAACAGUGCGCCAGCUACUUGUCUGAACUCGCCUGACCCUAAGAUUGUAGCAUCAAGUAGCGAACCCUCUAGUUCCGAGUACAGAAGUAGUUUCAGACACUUCUUUCCAGACAGUGUCAAAUCUAUCGACAGUCCUUCACAGAUUUUAACGAAACUCUCAGAAUGUGCAAAGGAAAUAUUCUCCUCUUCCAACAGUAUAGAUGUUAAUAAUGUAAUUAAGGAUGAUGUCUCAGAAUUAAGUGUUAAUAAUUUAAAAAUAUCUGAGAGUGACAGUGAGGAGGUAGCGGGAAGUAUUGAUGGGAGCACUUCAUGUCUAGAACUAUGUUUUACUGAAGACGAAAGUGCUCCCGACGAUAAAUCAAUGAAUACAGUCUUAGACAAUAAGGAAAAAGAAUAUAUGAAUCUGCAAAUAAGAUACACUCAGUUGGAAGUAGCGAGCAAAGAAAAAAUAAGUAAAUUGGAAACUGUUGUAUUGGAUUUAAGCAAAGAAAAUGAUAGAUUAAAGGAACAAUUACGUAACUACAUGUCCGCCGUAGAACUAGGAAAAGCUUUAAAAGGAGAUAACGGCGAUAGUUCAGAAGUAGAUCAGUAUGAAAGGAAACUGGUACAGGUUGCUGAGAUGCAUGCAGAACUUAUGGAGUUUAAUCAGCAUUUACAACAACGACUGCAAGAGUACGAGAGUAUAUCCGCGUUGGAAGUACUAGAUUAUCCCGAGUCCAAUGUAAAGGCGCAUAUUCCCAGUGCAUUCCUGGUUGGAAAGAAAACACAUUCAUACCAUGUUUACCAGAUAUUUCUUAAGAUAGGGUCAGAAGAAUGGAAUGUAUAUCACAGAUAUGCCAAGUUCCAUGAGCUGCAUACGCAACUAAAAAAAUGUCACCCUGACAUAGCUACUUAUAAAUUUCCGCCCAAAAAAACGUUGCGAAAGCGUGACGCUCAUUUGGUGGAACAACGUCGCGUGGCUCUACAAGCAUAUCUGCGCCACAUCUUACUCGUCUUGCCCGAGCUUAGAAUCUGCACCAACCGCGCACAACUCAUCACCUUGUUACCUUUCUUUGGAACGUCAUCUACCAUAAAGGAAAAUGGUAUUAAUCACAUCCUCGACCGUCAACAGUCGAAUGAUUCCGUUGCAUCUUAUAAUGCACUAUGAUUACUAAUGUUUCACUGCCAAAGACUAUACUUUUGGCUACAUAUAAUUGUCAAAAAUAGUACAUUUCAUAGUUUUAAAAUAGUCUAUCUGAUAUUUUACAGAGAUAGGAUACCAAAAACAAACUUAUUAUUUUUAUAUCACCUUGUUGUAACGAUAAUAAUUCUAAAGAACUAGUUUAAAUUAGGCUUGUAAUGUUUUCAUAUAAAACGAAUAGAAUAUGCACGUGUGUAUAAAAUAUGUAGACAAAAUAAAAUGUAUAUAAUUUAUUUAGAUUUUGAAAGAAGAGAUUUAAAUUAUUGAUGUAAUAAUAUCUUCCUGCAAUAAACAUAGUAUUAUUUAUUAUAGUUUACAAUUGUACAAAAUGAUUUAAUGUCUUGUAGAUAAUAUAUUUAUUAAUUUACUAAACGCACUUCUCCUUUGCUUUAUAAGUUGAAAUGUUAUAGUUCUCUUGAUAAGCAAACAUGUGUUACCUAUGUACGAAAUAUUUUAUACAUGUUAUUGGAAAGUAGAAAAUGUAAUUUAUCAGUAAACUACCAAGUAAUCUAGA